AUGCGUGCCUUUUCAUUUCUCCUUCUUCUGUGUUCCGCCUUCCUAUCCUCGGUCCACCUUGGCCAUGCCGCUCCUCCACAAUCCCCGGAUAAUAGGAGGUUUUUCUUCCUAAGCCCGAGCGACGUCUCACAGGUACCGACGGAAUAUUUCCCCGAACAAAUCAAGCUCUAUCGCGUCAACGUUGCCAAAGGAAAACGACUACUAAACAAAGAAGCUGUCGAGGAACUUCAAAAUGUGAUAGGACCAGUUAGUCUCAUGGUUAUGGGUACCAUUCCUGCUGAUGUUGCCGAACUCUUGAAUAGACUACAUCGCGAGGGUAUAGUUCGAGUCAUCUACGGAUUUGCAAAUAACCCUUUACUAGGAGACACGUCCAGUCGCGCAAUCCAGGAUGCUAUGUACGGGGUUUAUACUGACUCCUCGAACCACCGUGUUCAAGGCCAACCGGGGAAAAACAUACUCCUUUAUCAAUACGAGGGCAACACAUUGGUUGGGACAACAGCCGCGCUUAUAUCUACGGAGCCACAAAUUCUUGCAGACUCUACACCGACAGCACACGACCUUGUUCACCGUCAUCACAUUGACGACACACAAGCUACGAAGAUCCUCAACCUCUUGAAAACGACUCGCAUUUAUAACGAAGAGAAGCCAAUGAAGGUGGAAGUGAGCACGCGAGACCUUAUAAAAGUAACCGAGAAUCUACAUCGCCUAGGUUUGUCGAUGGCUCUACGAACAUUUACAACAGCUUCGAUCAGGGACUUCCGUAACAGUGGAAUCCGUGUUAUUGCUCUUUUCGGUAAGGAGCGUAAUCUUCAACUUGAAGCGGCAGUACAGCAGCACAACCAGGAAAACCCAGCCAACAUGGCGAACCCGAUAAUGGUGGAGACGAUACUCCUAAACAAUGAACAAUCGGAACUGCACCAUCACGCUCAGGCACUUCGGUAUCUUACUGACAAAUAUCGAGGAACGGGCAUCCUACUUGCUCAGACGGCCGGCAACAACGCGGUCGGGGCCACGGCCGGCUUGGCUUGGGUUUAUAAAGAAGCGAACAAACCUACGAAAGCUGUCGGUGAUGCGGCAGUGUUGGCGUGGAUGCAUAGGGUUUCGAUGGAACAUGGCCAGGCCCUUGCCACACACGAGGCAGCUGCGCGCCAGCACGCGAUGGUAGGGACUGGUACCUCGAAUCGAAACCCAGCGAUGCAAGGGCCCGGUAGCAUGAAUGGCAACCCAGCGAUGGGAGGGCCCGGCAGCUUGUAUGGCAACCCAGCGAUGGGAGGGCGACCCGGCACCUCAUAUCCCGUCCCGCCGAUUCAAGGGCCUGGCAGCUUGUAUGGCAACCCAGCGAUGGGAGUGCGGCCAGGCACCUCAUUUCCCAACCCGCCGAUUCAAGGGCCCGGCAGCUUGUAUGGCAACCCAGAGAUGGGAGGGCGGCCCAGUGCCUCCUUUCUCGACCCUUUCAUGCAAGGGCCCAGUGCCUCUAAUCGCGGCCCAACGAUGCAAGGACCCGGUAGCAUUCCUGGCAACCCAGCUACGGGAGUGCGGUCCGGUUCCUCACUUCUCGACGCGUUCAUGCAGGUGCCCGGUGCCUCCAAUCGCAUCCCAACGAUACAAGGGCCCGGUAGCUCGUAUGGCAACCCAACUACAGGAGGCCGAGCCAGUUCCUCAUUUCUCGACGCAUUCAUGCAAGGGCCCGGUGCCUCCAAUCGCAACCCAACGAUUCAAGGGCCCGGCAGCUUGCAUGGCGGCCCAUCUACAGGAGAGCGAGCCAGUUCCUCAUUUCUCGACGCCUUCAUGCAAGGGCCCAGAGCCUCAAAUCGCAACCCAACGACGCAAGAGGCCAGUGCUUCGAAUCGCAACCCAACGGUGCAAGAGCCUGGCGCUUCGAAUCUCAACCCCACGACGGGCAGGCCAAGCACUUCAAAAGUGACAGCGAGCGAGGGCACUGCUAAUGGUCGCCACAGGAUCAGGUCGCUCAAGCACAAUCCCACAAAGUACUACAACAUCUUUCGCUUGGGCCUAGGUAUUCAACCUGCCGUCAGCCUCAACUUUGUAAUUGACCUUCACAAUCAGCUGAAGGUGGACAAUCUAGUGGUUCUAGGCGAGAUCAGUUCCGAACUUGAGGAACUGCUCAAUUCUCUGUCCGUCAAGAGCAUGGUUCGGGUGUUGCGCAUAAAAGAACUCAAUCCGGCUACGAUCCAGCAAGCUUGGGUCUCUCUUCACGGAAUUUAUCCUACCGAUCAGAACCUGCAGUAUCAGCUCAAAGUCCCUCGAGGCACCUUCCUUUUGGAUGUUAAUAACAAUGAGAUGACCAACAAGCUGGCUGCGAAUCUUGACGCCGAAGCGCAUGUCGUUGCGCUUCAGCCACGAAAGAAUGUGGCUGGAGGCAAAGAAGCAAAUGUGGCUUCAGGUCAAGAGCCGACUGUGGCGGCAGACCAAGAAGCAAAUGUGGCUGGAGACCAAGAAGCAACUGUGGCUGGUGGUCAACGAAAACGCAAACCGAUGCCUGGCCAUGCAACAACCAUGGAGCUAUCGGCGGAAAGUUUGAGCAAACGGAAUGGAAUCGACAAAGACACUGCCAAGGAUAUCAUAAACGCCGCGAGAGCCAAGUACGAUCCCCUUCAAGGAAAGCCAACAGUCGUUGACGAGCAAAACAUCAUCAAGAUUGUCGAUGGGAACCGCGAAUCGCCGCUUUAUCGCGCAACGUUCUCGAUGGAUGAACGAGUCCUUACGGACCGCACUUUUGAAGUCUUGCGUCGCAAAAAUAUAGACACUAUAAUCAUGGCAGGUAAUGAUCAUGCAAUGAUGGAAGCGAUAAAGAAGUGGAACAGUAAGAAUAUGGGGCGGCAGUUCAAGAGCGCAGCAGUACGUGAGGGCCAAGACCUUGCUGAUUUUACUGCCCGUGCCGCGACAGCCAUCAAAGAAAACACUGGAACGGGCGUCCUCAUCAUUGAGCGUCGCGGCAAUGAUCUCUCCGGAUUGAUGGUCGCGAUAGCUCGGUUCCUUGCCCAGGGGAAACCGGUUCGUGCCCUUGAUGCGAGGACGAUUUCCAUCUCGAAUAUGAUUUCGAUCCUACAUGCCGGUGCCCUGGCCGGAUACGCGAACUACGAAUUGCUUAAGCUUACUCCUCCUGACGCUUCCUAUAUGCAACCUCCGCCAGCAAAAAAGGCACGGAUAAAUCGCCCAACAAAGCCACUGCAGUUUAAAGCCGAUGAUGGAAUACAGAAGACGCAAGAUUACAAUUUAGACGGAAUUGUUGAUGUUAAGCCGGAACACAUUGUCGAAAUUAAGGGUAAUCGCCCCAGUGGCGGGAAACUAUUUCGUACAGUGCACUCGGAUGUGCACUUCGAUGAGCUCCCGGCCGAGGCCGAGCACGCGAAUGAGCCCUCCAAGGAGCCCUCCAAGGAGCACACGAAUGAGCCCUCGAAUGAGCCUCCAAAGGAGAACUCGAACCGUGACAAAGCAUUUACGGAUUGGAAUUGGGAACGAGGUUUUUCAAUAGAAUCGUUGACUAAAUUACGCAAUGAACUGGAAAUCGACAUGAUUAUCGACGCCGGUGACACCCCUGUACUUGACCAGGCGGUAACAAAGUACAAGCUAUUCGUUGUCGAGGAAAUCCGUCAGGAACUCCAGAACCAGCAGAACCAGCAGAACCAGCAGAACCAGCAGAACCAGCAGAACCAGCAGAACCAGCAGAACCAGCAGAACCAGCAGGACCAGCAGGAUUUGAUGAAGGAACAGGCGAAAGAGAUGUUAAAGAACCGGAAUAUCGAUGUCAUAACGCUAAAUGCGGUGCAUGAUUCCGCCAGAAAUAUUCACGCUGUGGAUCCCGCAGAAAAUAUUGCCAUCGUGGCAGGGAAAAUUGUAGAAGCUCUUGGCCAAGGACGAAAAGUUCUUAUUACGCAGAGUUCCGGCGAUAUGGCGACCAGUUUCAUGACUGCGAUAGUCGACAUCCAUGGCCAAGUUCUCCAAGGGAAUUCACCUAUCCUUGACGCGACGGAGUUGCAGAAGAAGUAUGGCGUUAGUAUUGAACUGGGCGAAUUUCUGGUCGAGUUCGGGAAAAUUGUUGGCAAACCAACCCCCCCGGACGUGGCCAGUACAUCUCAACAAAAGCAACCAGCGCCAAUAUUUAGCAAGGAGGUAUUCGCACAAGUUCGGGCCCAGACUCCACCGCCAGAGCGACUGCCAAACGUUGGAGCGGGCACAGGCAAUAAUGGCAAACCCGGUGAACGUCAGCCGUCGCCAAUAUUGGACGUAGUAUCAGUGGACGCCCACUCCCAAAGUCAACCUCAAAAUGCACACCAGAGUCAACCGCUAGAGCAUGGCAAUAAAGGUACUGGCGGUUCCCUUACCGGUAAUGAUGGCGAACCCGGUGAACGCCAUCCAUCAGCAAUAUUGGACAUGGUGUGGGAAGACACCCACACCCACACCCAUAGUCAAUCCCGGAACGCACACCAGAGUCAACCGCUCGAAAGUACUACGGAUUCCUAUAAUGAAGGCGGUGAUAAUGCCGGCGGUGUCCUUACCGAUAAUGAUGGCUUCCCCGAAGCCGAGGAAGUUCAAGAGCCUACACCGCAUACAGUGCCUAAAGAAAAUUCCUCAGGAAGGCCCCAGAAAGGCCGGAAUAGCCCCAAUACGUCUGGCUCAGCCUCAAACCGACAACAUGGACAGGAUCAUGGACAGGGACGGGGUCGGCCUGGCUCCCAUUGA